AUGACCAUAUCAGCAAUUUGGCGUUUCACUGGUAGUGCGAACACCGCGUCGCAUUCUCAAAAAGUUGUUAUGAUUUUGAAUGAACAACAAAGAAAGCAAUUAUUGCAACCGCUAAUCAAUAAAGGAUGGAAAAUGGUUGAAGGUCGAGAUGCCAUUCGGAAGAAUUUACAGUUCAAGAAUUUUAGUGAAGCAUUUGGUUUUAUGACACAAGUAGCAAUGUGUGCAGAGAAAAUGAAUCAUCAUCCGGAAUGGUUCAAUGUUUAUAAUAAGAUUGAAGUGACUCUAAGCAGUCACGAUGUAAAUGGUUUGUCGGAAAGAGAUGUCGAAUUGGCCAGUUACAUCGAAAAAUUAUCCAACUAG